AAAUUUUCGCAUAUCCAAAUAUGGCCUUUUGCUUAGGUAGUGAGUGUUUUGGUGUUCUAUUUAAUAAUUUUAGCAACUCAAAUGUAUAUUUCAUAAAUUAAAAAUUUUAAUGUGAUACUGGAAUUAAAUUUUAAAUUAUCAUACUAAAGCCUACCAAAUAAGAUGUCUUUUAGAGUAGUUAGAAGUUCAAAGUUUCGCCAUGUGUAUGGCACAGCACUCAAAAGGGAACAGUGCUAUGAUAAUAUAAGAGUCAGUAAAAGUUCAUGGGAUUCAACAUUUUGUGCUGUUAACCCCAAGUUUUUGGCUAUAAUCGUUGAGAGUGCUGGAGGUGGUGCCUUUAUUGUCCUUCCAUUAAACAAAGUUGGCCGUAUAGCAGCAGAUCAUCCGUUGGUAGGAGGCCAUAAAGGCCCCGUUUUGGACAUAGCUUGGUGUCCACACAACGACAAUGUGAUAGCUAGCGGUUCGGAAGACUGCGUGGUCAAAGUGUGGCACAUCCCGGACGGGGGCCUAAUCAAAACACUCACUGAACCUAUCGUUGACCUCAUCUAUCAUCAACGUAGGGUGGGACUGGUUCUCUGGCAUCCAACUGCCCUCAAUGUCUUACUCACUGCCGGUAGUGAUAACCAAGUCGUAAUAUGGAAUGUUGGAACUGGAGAGGCUCUGGUCAAUAUCGAUUGCCACCCUGAUAUCGUUUACAGUGCCUGCUUUAAUUGGGAUGGUUCGAAGUUGUUAACGACAUGUAAAGACAAAAAGAUUCGAAUACUUAAUCCAAGAACUGGAGAAGUCGAAUCGGAGGGCAUUUGCCAUGAAGGUUCUAAAGCAACGAGGGCGAUAUUUUUAAGGCACGGUUUAAUUUUCACGACUGGAUUUUCGAAAAUGUCCGAGAGACAGUACAGUUUGAGGGCACCCGAUGCCGUCGGUGAGACCGUGGUCAUGGUCGAAUUGGACACGUCCAAUGGUGUCAUGUUUCCACUGUACGACGCCGAUACCAACUUGGUGUAUCUCUGUGGGAAAGGAGAUUCUGUUAUUAGGUACUUCGAAAUAACACCGGAACCACCCUUUGUCCACUAUAUUAACACGUUCCAAACGCCCGAUCCGCAACGAGGGAUUGGAAUGAUGCCCAAACGUGGUUGUGAUGUUAACUCAUGUGAAAUAUCGAGAUUUUAUCGACUGAACAAUUCAGGAUUAUGUCAGGUAAUAACGAUGACAGUUCCAAGAAAAUCAGAACUUUUUCAAGAAGACUUGUAUCCUGACACAGUUGGUGAUACUGCGGCUCUUUCGGCGGAAGAAUGGAUGGAGGGCAAGGACGAGGAACCAAUUUUGAUAUCGCUCAAAGAAGGCUACACACCACCUCAGUCAAAGGCUGCGAUUUCGGUGAAUAAACGAAGCAACCUUUUGGAUAAGAUCCCGCCCAAAGGGGCCAAAGGACAAGCUGCUGGGGCACAGGCUGCUGCUGUUUCGGAAAAGGCGCUGCAGGACUUUGCAGACGAAAUUCGGAAAUUGAAGGCGAUGAUAGUGAAACACGAGAAUAGAAUAAGAGCGUUGGAGGCGCAGGCUGCACUUAAUAAGACGGUACCAAAUGUGGACGAGGACGGGCCGGGGGGUGACGGACUUAACGUGGCCCCCCAAAUGGCUUCCGACGAGGUGUAACGAGCAUCAUACAAAAGUGAAUUUUAUUUAAUUAAUGGUUAUCUUGUCGUGUAAUUCUAACCCAUCUCAGUGUACGUUUAUUGCGAGUUUGUUUUCGACAUGACAUCAUAGCCAGGUAAUGAUUGUGAAAAUGCGUUUUUUAAUCGAAAAAACGCCUCCUUCAACGCAACGGAUUUAAAUCGAAGAUCAUUCUCACUCAGCAAUGACAAAAAAUUUACUAUUAAGCAAUCCUGACUGAUAAUAAUUGUUAUAGAAACAAGUCAGUUUUAUAGUUUAAUUUAUUACCACCCCCACCCGCCCAUUAUUAUUAUUAUUAUUAUUGCAAUAUUUUUUUUAUUAUUACAAUUAAUGUCAUACCAUCAUCAUCGUUUAUUGUAAUUGUUAUUACUGCUAAUAUUAUCCUUACUUAACGAUUGUAAAUAUGUAUCUUGCAGGUUUAUUGUUUGUUUUGUUCUUUGUUGUUCCCCGUUCCUCCCCCCCGAAAAUUUUUAAGAUCUCUGCUUAUUAUUUUAAUUAAUUAAUUAAUUGAUUAUUAUUAGUUUUUUUAAACGUCAUUAUCUAUCGAUAAGUUUCACAGUGCUUGUUUUUGUUUUAUAAUUCCUGAUAACUUGCUCAGUUGUACAAUGGUGGUGCAGUUUUUUGAUAAACAUCACCUUUACAAACGUAAAAGAGAAUUAACUAUUCAAUUGAAAAUUUAUUAUAUAUUAUUGUACUAUUAUGUAUAAUCUAAUAAUUAUAGAAAUACAAUUUUAGGAGUAAAAAUACUGUUGCUGAACCAAAAAGGAAAAAAAUUAUUUUUCGAAGUCGAUGAGUAAUUGCGUGUUUUUUUUUAAUAUUUAACGUUGUACAGGGUCUUCGGCUUUCGUUUUUUUAAGGUGUAUUUAAAUAGAAGCAGUUAUUUAUUUUUGAAAAAGGAUAAGGAGCCUUUUUGGGUUUUAUAUUGUACCUACUCCUGAAAAUGUACGUCGAAUGAUAUUCAUUUUGUUUUCAUGUGUUCAGUUUCUUUCUUUUUGUGAUUGUUACAGUUUUAACAUGUGCUGCAAUAGCUUGAAUGUUUCAUUAUUUAUCAUGUUUAACGCCUCAACUGUCCGCAAUACAAUCACAUAUGUACUUGUAAGAAAGUUAUUUGUGAUUCGGAUGUUUGUGUUGUAUCAUCACCUUCACCAGUGAUAAUUUUGUGUGCUACUACUAAUCGUCCAUUUUAACAACGAAUGUUGAUUUUAAAAGUGUUCCCGAUUUUCUUUUGUAUAUACAAAAAAUAGUUAUUACAAGUAAAAAGAUUCAAAAUUUUCGAACGCUUCCUUCUUGAUGCCUCUUUCUCAAUUCUUUUUUUGGAAAGUGCUUUUCUGUAGUUUUAUUUUGAGAGGCACAAAAAAUAAUCAAGGAAAUGUGAAGCAAUAAAUGCCCAAAGUCAAUAUAUAUUUAU